UACUCCUUGGAGGUCUCAUAUUUCAUAUCUUUAUCUUCAAAGGAUUUAAAACCUAGCAAUAUAGUAGUGAAAUCUGACUGCACUUUGAAGAUUCUUGAUUUUGGGCUGGCUAGAACAGCUGGAACCAGCUUUAUGAUGACACCUUAUGUAGUCACUCGUUACUACAGAGCACCAGAAGUCAUUCUUGGAAUGGGAUACAAAGAAAAUGUUGACAUUUGGUCAGUGGGGUGCAUCAUGGGAGAAAUGAUCAAAGGUGGUGUGUUAUUUCCUGGCACAGACCAUAUUGAUCAGUGGAAUAAAGUUAUUGAACAACUAGGGACACCGUGCCCUGAAUUUAUGAAGAAGCUACAACCAACAGUGAGGACAUAUGUGGAGAAUAGGCCUAAAUAUGCUGGCUAUAGUUUUGAAAAACUCUUUCCAGAUGUUCUCUUUCCAGUUGAUUCUGACCACAACAAACUGAAAGCUAGUCAGGCAAGAGAUUUGUUGUCAAAAAUGCUGGUGAUCGAUGCCUCAAAAAGAAUUUCAGUAGAUGAAGCUCUGCAGCACCCUUACAUUAACGUCUGGUAUGAUCCCUCAGAAGCUGAAGCUCCUCCUCCAAAGAUACCAGACAAACAGUUAGAUGAAAGAGAACAUACAAUAGAAGAAUGGAAAGAACUGAUUUACAAGGAAGUUGUGGACCUGGAGGAGAGGACCAAGAAUGGAGUCAUACGUGGACAGCCAUCUCCUUUAGGUGUAGCAGUGAUCAAUGGCACUCAACAUCCAUCUUCAUCCCCAUCAGUCUGUGAUGCAUCUUCACUGUCCACUGACCCAACUCUGGCCUCGGACACAGACAGCAGCCUUGAAGCAUCAGCAAGUCCCUUAAGUUGCUGUAGAUGACGACAAGUGGAUGUACUGGGAGAUACUGUUAGCAACAAAAAUCAGUGGUAUUAUUUUGGGGUGUUUUUAAAAGUAAUUGUGGGAUUAAUUUUCAGAGUGCUAAUUUUAAAGUAAAAUAGUAAAUCACAAUGCUAUUCUGUAAUUAACUGUACAGUAUUGAACUUAAUUUUUAUCAUUUUAAAAUAUGCAUGCUUUA